CAUAAACAAGCAUGCUGUACACACUUGUGGUUGACGUUUCUGAUCUAUGCAAAACGGUUGGUUUAGAAUGGCACGUUGAGAAGUUAUGCUUUUGGUUGUGGAUUGCAAAAAAUCUAAAGGGAAAUAUUAAAUAAAUGGUUAGAUGAAAUGAUUGCAAAUCUUCCUCAAAAUUACAUUCUUGUUCAUAUAACAAACAUACAUACAAAAACAGAAGUCAUGAAAGAGAAAAAGAGUUGGAAAAUCAUUCCCAUUUCCAACUGCCUGCUAGCUGAUGGAUGGGGUGAACUGAUUUGACGUUUCACUCUUUGAAAGUAACGUUCGCGCGUUCGUGUGUGUAUGCAUUUCUGUCCCGUCGGUUGAUUUACCAUUGGUAACCGCUAUUUGAGGAAACAGACUAGUUCAGUUGAUGGGAAAUUCGCAAUGGAUUUAAUUGCGGACACUGGGAAAGUUUUAAAAGCGUAUCAAAUCAUCAAUCAGCAGCUGGCGCACGAAAUGCAGAAGAAAAAAAUAGAAUUGAAAAUGCACGAGGAACGAUAUAAUGCGACGAUCGAACUGUUGCUGCAAGAGCGACAGGAAAACAAAGCCCUGCGCGAUAUGGUCCGGAAGCUGAAGGACCAAAUGCAAGUAAUAACGAAGGUGAUCGUUUCAGUGCAGGAGCAAACCGAGAACGUGUUCGAACGGAUCAACCGUCCACACGAGCAGGCGGAACGAAUGAUGCAGAACUAUACGCCGCGGGCACAGCAAAUUUACGAACGACGCCGGACGGAAAAUCCACCGUACGUGGACGAAUAUGCUAUAGCAGAGGAAAAUGAAACCAAUAUUGUUAUGGAGACCGACGCUAACGAGGAAACAAACGCCCCGGAGGAAAACAAUGACACUCGUAUAAACGAAAGCGGUGCGGAUGAGGAUGCGUCUUUUGCUGCGAAUCGAUCGAGUGAAAUACGAUGCAGCAUCGGCGCACCGGUGCCAAUCAACAGCCCAUUAGUUCAGCGAUUAAAGCGUCCUUCAAGGAAUGUGAGCUUUGAUGAAUCGUUCGAAACGAUCGACCACGACCGGGUGUUCAAGCUGUCGCGACGCAGUCAAGAACGGCGGAAAAUCUACGCGACCAUAGAGGAAAAUGUAACCGAUCUGCAGUCAGUUGAUAAUACGAGAAGCAUGGAUAUUGAUGAACAACUGACCGCAACAUUACGCAAUUUAUCCCCGGUAAAGAAUAUGUCCUGUUCAUCGGCAAAAAGUAUGGAACAGGACGAGGUCCGACCGUCGCUGUCCAGUCCCCGAUUAAAAAAAAUGGCCAGCGAAUCGAUGCUUUCACAAAUUCAACGUUCCCCGGUGGACAAUGAAGAGGUUACCGAGCUUAGUAACAGUGAACAAGACGACAAUGAAAUGACAUCCUUCGAUCCGGCUGAACUUGUCGCUAGCUGUAGCACACCGGUGGCGACGAAAGGAUUAUUCAUCGACGAGCGAACGAUCGAUCCGGCAAAGGAUCGUGAAUUGCCUCGCCGAGGCCGAGGUCGUCCCCGUGGCCGGGGCCGGGGACGUAUCGCAAAAACAAGGAGCGAAACCGAGCUGCAUACGGUCGGCAUGAAUCCCGUGGUCGUGUUGCGACCGCUGACUAAGCAAAACAUUCUGGCACACGAGCAUAAAACGCAACCAAACCGCAAAGCUAGAACGAUGCGGUGUAUGAGGGAAUGUAACAGUAGCGACAGCGACAGCGGAUCGAUGACGAUGAACGAUGGCUGUACUUGGGUACCGAGCUCGUCGGUGGAAAACCUUUCCACGUUGUCCACUGAAUCGAAUCGUCCACGACGAAAGGCAGCACCGAAAACACUGCGCGAACCGUCGCUGGGCAGUAAAUUAAGACGAACCUAAACCCCAUUUCCUAUUUCGGUGUGUUUGGCCGCAUUAAACAUUAAAUUUCAUUAUUCACACGCACAACAUUUGUGCAUUAUUUGUUGUCACGUUUAGAGUUAUUGAUUAUCUUAAUAUUUUAGUUUUUAACACUUGACACCACAUGGUUUGUAGCAGAGAGCAGUGUUUUAGUAACGAACUGAUUUUAUAGUAGUUAGUUGGAAUCAUUAAUGAGAGAGAGAGAACCUAAAAAAACUAUACCGAAGCGAUGUACAAAAACCGUGUGUUUUAGACAUGAGAAAAGACAUGUUUUACGAAAAUGUUGCUGGCGAACUAAAACAAAAGAAAAUUUGCUAAUAAAAAAUGCUUGUUUUUCUUUAUUUAAAA